AUGCAGAGGAUGUUUGUGGAUAAAUGUCUUUCUCCCCCGCCUGUUCCCACGGGAUCAGAGUCCAUGGCAAGCAUCUUUGGAUGCAACAACGACCCACCGCCUUCACCACCCAUUAGAUCUGCUAAUAAAUUCGGCAGCGGUACUGGAGAAAUACUCAUGAGGAUGGGAAGACGUGUUAGUCAGGCUUUAAAUCUCCGUUCGGUUUAUAACAAAGUCGCUGAGGAGUAA